GGGGGUGAACAAGACACAAACCCAAAUAUUCCUAUCCCUAUGAAGCUCUCUGUCUCAUAAAAGUUAAACUGCGCAAGCUGUAUUAUCAGAUCCCACAAAAUUACAGAGCAUUUCCUUAACAGUGUCAUUAGCUCAUUAAUGAAAGUUGUUAGUUAACAUUUCAAGAGACUAUUCAUUCAAUGUGAAGCAAAACUUAGCCAGAACGAUUACCAUGUUUCCACAAUAUUUUAUAAUCAUGUUAACAGAGUUGGCGUCUACUCCAUCAACACUGGAAUCCUUAAGAUUUUUUUUUAGCCCAUGCAGCUAGGGUUACAUAGGGUUUAGCCUUGAAUAUUCUGGAUAGUACAGAUUGUUGGAAGGUAGAAUAGUUUGGUCAUUUUGGGCAUAUUUUCCCAUCAAGCCCCAAUCCUCCAUUAUUCCAGUUUUGAAUAUAACAUACUGUAAUCUGCAACAAUCAGAUUCACUCCCUUACACUCACCCCUUUGACCUCCUCUCCUCAAGUGUUCUCUGAUGGUUCUGAAUAGAUUGGAUAUGUGCAUUAAACAUGAUUUUCCAUUUCUUUUUUGUUUAUAGCCCAAAUCAGUCAAUGGGAGAAGCACCCUGUUUUUGGUAUUUGCGCCCCAGCAUUACCUGUUCUGUCACCCACGCUGAACUUCAAUAGUGCAGAAUGGCCAAGUAUCUCCAUACAGGAACUGGAAAGCUUUAUCCAGGAACCACCUCCAACACAGUCUACUUCACCGAGGUCGUCCAUUGUCAAUCAAGACAAGAGAUGAUUCAGCUGGCUUUUUUCAAGAUGCUUCACAGAGGCCACUUGUACUCUUCCUGUUGACGAUGGGGGUUUCCAUGGAUACACAACAACAAAACACCUUAAUUAUCAGGAAGCACUUCUCCCUUAAUAAAGAUCGAAAAAUAGCUAGAUAGGUGCAUUUUAUUGUCUUAUUAUAAUGAUAUUGUUCCUAUAAAUAUUGAAUUUAUUUUUGAUGAGAGUGGACAUUUCUUUAGGAUCAUCAUGAGUGUAAUAGGGUCUUCGUCUACGAGGCUCUCUGGUAGCGUCCAUUCACGUCGCUAUCGCACCCGUGCCCUAACCUCUCACGUGGAUGAGACCCUCUUUGGAACCACAAAACAGGCUUUGUCAGCCUGCGAUGUCAAGGAAACUGAGAGAUGUGGCGGUUUAGGGCCAUGGGGCCAGUCCCAGUCUGCUCCAAGUCAGAACACUCAGAAACCAGAGACAGUUCGCAUUAUCACAAAAGACCUAAUCAGAGAUCUUAAGAUCCCGAGUGAGGAUCCAUCUGGGCUGUCCAUCAUUCUGCGCCCCUCUGAGAUUCAGAGGAUUGCCACUGCUUCUCGAGUUCCAACCAGGGAGGAGCGGGAGGCAAUGUUGGAAGCCCAGCAGAAGGAGAGAGAAAUGGCUAUGGAUGCUGCUGAGGAGAGGAAGGCACAUAUCCGUCAGGCUGAUCUGUCCCGUCAGAAGAACCAGGGUCUAAGCGAGCUGGAAGCUGAGGCAAAGGAAAGAGCUCAGUACCUGUUGGAAAGAGCCAACGCUAUGAGGAUGGAGCAGGAAGACGAAGUCAAGAAACUCAAUGAGUUGAUCCUGGGUGCCCAGUGCCAUGCAGUGCGGGACGCCCAGAUCUUGGAGAGGCAGCAGAUCCUGACUGAACUGCAGGAGGAGGAGAGGCGGCUUGAUGCCAUGAUGGAGGUGGACCGCAGGAAAGCCCUGGAGGCCCAGGAGCAGAUCGAUGAGCUGCGCAAACAUCAGAGGAUCCAGGGAAAGCAGCUGAUUGUGAAACAGAUUGAGGAGCGACUGGAGGACAGGAUGCUGCAGGAUGAGAUAAAAGAGCAGGAGGGCCAGCAAAUGCUGGAGAACCUAGAGAGGAUACAGAUGGAGGAGCUGGAGGCUCUGGAGAGAAAGAAGGAGGAGAGGCAGCGUUUGCAGCAGGAGAUCCUUCGUAUUAAUGAGGAAAGCUUUCUGGCCAAGGAGCGCAAGAAAGAAGAGGAGAGACUUGCUGACCUCCGGGCCGUGGAAUACACCCGCAAGAAAAUGGAGCGGGAAGCUGAGUACGAGGCUGAACAGAGACGCAUCAUGAGAGAAAAGGAGAAGGAGGUGGCCAGACUGCGAGCCAUGCAAGAAAGAGAGAGAGACCACAAGGCAGAGCAGGAUGAGCUUCGAGCCAGGAGAAAUCAGGAAGCAGCAGAAAGGGAUUGGAGAAAAAAAGAGAAAGAGCAGCUCAAGAAGAAGGCAGAGGUGGAAGAGAGGUUGAAGGCAGCUCGCUUACAACAAGUGACACACAAGGAGCACCUCCUGUCUAUUGAGGCUGGGCGUGAGAGGGCUGAGUUUGAAAGGGUGUUGAGGGCCCAGCAGGCAUCCAUCUCUAAAGAGAAGGAAAAGGAGGAGAAACACAGGAUCAAAUUGUUGCGUCAUGCAGAGGGGGUGCGCCAGCAAGUGAGGGAGCGGGAGAUGCAGGCUAUUGCCCUGCGCAAAGAGAUCUACAAAGAAGGAGACCGUCUGAAUGAGGAAGCCCGUCUACGCCGCAUCCGCCUUGACCAGAUCAAGGAGAAGAAGCUCAGUGAGCUCAAGGCUGCUGGGCUACCAGAGAAGUAUUGCAAUGAAGUGGAAAGAAAGGUCCAUGCUCUCCCUGCUCUGACUCACUAGCAUGAUACCCUGCAGAAAAAAACCUUGUAAGAUUUUACAAUUCAGAUAAACCAGUACCUCUAACUGGGUAGAGAGAAUUCUUUGGCAUGGGAGAAAUCACAAUAAAGAUGACUAUACAUUACAUA